AUGAGAUCUGUAGGACUCAUCAGAAGAAAUCGAGGGGUAAGGGUUCGAAUUUGCAAUACCGCUGCUCCUCGGGGUGUUGGGAGCAAAGAUGUUUGUGAACAAUGGAGAAGAGGGGUUUGCGUAAGGGAUGAAGGCGAGAAAAAUGGUGAAGGCCGUGAAGAUGGAGACGAAGGCGUAGGCGACGGUUACAGUUCUUCUGGCUCUGAGGCUGCCUUCGGCUUGGGAGGCGGUGCCAGUGACGCCCAGAUCGUCCUUGUCCUCGUCCUUGCCGGCGCCGAAAACGGGGCCGCCGGUGCCGGCGGCGUCCUCAACCUUAUCCUGGAUCUUGUCGAUCUGAAUCCCACCCUCGUCCUCCCUGGAGUGGAUGUCCAGCCGCGUCUUGUUCUGGCCGCCUUCCACGGACUCAGAUGGCUGUAUGAUAGAUAG